AUGGAAAAAUACACUAUAAAGGUAGGUGAUCAAAAAUCAUCAUCAGCCAAUGUGACUUUAGAGCUGCAUAACAUAAAUGUCAAUAUUGGAGUCAGGUCAUUUGCGAGUAAGCUGCUCGAGGUCGGAGAUGGUAGGCUGAAAACCGAUCCGGACGGCAAAAUCAUUUUCACCAAUGAAUUUUGUCAUCCAGUAGCUACCGAGGAAGAACUACUCGCCAAUGUAUUUCCCGAUUUAAAAAACAAAAUAAAUAAUGAGGAGUGGUUGUUUGAGAGAGCAGUACUGUCGCCAAAAAAUGAAUUAGUGAAUAAAAUAAACAACAAGGUAUUAGAUGUAGUAGAUGGCGCAUCGAGGGUGUACACGUCCAUAGACACGGUGAUGGCAAGCGAUGACAGCACUGCGUAUCCCGUGGAGUUUCUCAACUCAUUAGAAUUGACGGGCGUACCGCCCCACAAGCUGGAGCUGAAGGUUGGCGUCCCAGUUUUGUUGAUGCGUAAUCUUGACGCUCCGCGAUUGUGCAACGGCACAAGAUUACAAAUCAGCGAACUGGGAAGAAACAUUGUGCGAGCAACAAUACUUACGGCAGCAGCUAAAGGCAAGAGCGUGUUGAUUCCCCGCAUACCCAUUAUACCCCACAAUUUUCCAUUCCAGUUCAAAAGGCUGCAGUUCCCAUUGAAAUUGGCAUUUGCUAUGACCAUCAAUAAGUCCCAGGGACAAACCCUAAAAGUGGCCAGCAUGCAUUUGGGCAUUCCCUGCUUUACCCAUGGCCAACUCUAUGUGGCAUGUUCUCCAGUGUCAAAUGCAAGGAACCUAGUCAGGUCAUUUGCGAGUAAGCUGCUCGAGGUCGGAGAUGGUAGGCUGAAAACCGAUCCGGACGGCAAAAUCAUUUUCACCAAUGAAUUUUGUCAUCCAGUAGCUACCGAGGAAGAACUACUCGCCAAUGUAUUUCCCGAUUUAAAAAACAAAAUAAAUAAUGAGGAAUGGUUGUUUGAGAGAGCAGUACUGUCGCCAAAAAAUGAAUUAGUGAAUAAAAUAAACAACAAGGUAUUAGAUGUAGUAGAUGGCGCAUCGAGGGUGUACACGUCCAUAGACACGGUGAUGGCAAGCGAUGACAGCACUGCGUAUCCCGUGGAGUUUCUCAACUCAUUAGAAUUGACGGGCGUACCGCCCCACAAGCUGGAGCUGAAGGUUGGCGUCCCAGUUUUGUUGAUGCGUAAUCUUGACGCUCCGCGAUUGUGCAACGGCACAAGAUUACAAAUCAGCGAACUGGGAAGAAACAUUGUGCGAGCAACAAUACUUACGGCAGCAGCUAAAGGCAAGAGCGUGUUGAUUCCCCGCAUACCCAUUAUACCCCACAAUUUUCCAUUCCAGUUCAAAAGGCUGCAGUUCCCAUUGAAAUUGGCAUUUGCUAUGACCAUCAAUAAGUCCCAGGGACAAACCCUAAAAGUGGCCAGCAUGCAUUUGGGCAUUCCCUGCUUUACCCAUGGCCAACUCUAUGUGGCAUGUUCUCCAGUGUCAAAUGCAAGGAACCUGUAUGUACUUGCUGCAAAUAAUAGAUCAUACAACAUCGUAUAUAGAUCAAUAUUAUAA